UCUGAGGCCUUCUGAACUUGUUUGCCCCUGGUUUGGUCCCAGGAGCUUGACGAUGACUGUUCCCAGAAAGCUCCAAAACUCAAAGUUCCUAAGAGCCCAGAGAAGAUCCUGCAACGCAUCUUUGGGACCAGCCGUGUGUUCUAUGUUAUGGCAGAAACGACAAAACGAAGGAUGAUGGGUUCGACGGUGCCUGCCAAAGUCAGAGAAUACUAUAACCAAGGCCAUCAGUGCCUAUUACAAGAGGACUGGGAGAUGGCUGUGCUGUUCUUCUCCCGUGCCCUCCACCUGGACCCCAAACUGAUAGACUUCUACGUAUAUCGUGCUGAGGCCUUCAUCCAGCUCUGCGACUUCUCCUCUGCCCUCCAGAACCUCCGCAGGGCCUACUUCUAUGAGCCAGAAAAUGACAAAUACGUGGAUCGGCUGGCCUUCGUGCUCUACCUACAGGGCCAGUGCCUCUAUGAGCUGUGUGACUACCAGGAAGCCCUCUAUGUCUUCCUGCAAGCCUCCGACCUCCAGCCCCAAAACCCUUCCUUCAGUUACCGAUGCAUGGCCUGCCUGCUGGCCCUCAAGCGGCAUCACGACUGCCUCUCCCUCCUCACGAGGGAAGUGAAGCAGGGCAGGGCCAGCGCUGAUGUCUUCAUCCUGCGGGCUCGGCUCUACAACUUCUUCCAGAAGGCCAAGCUCUGCUAUCAGGACCUCCGAAGCGCCUUGCUCCUAGAUCCCAAGCACACACAGGCCAAAGGGCUGCUCCAGAAGAUGGUGGACCAGGCCAAUCAGUCCCUCCAAGAUGCCAGCAUCCUGGCCGUGCAGGGCAAGCUGCACCGCGCACUAAAGUGCGUCAGCUGUGCCAUUGAGAACAAUCCCUUGGACCCCAACUUCUUCCUCUUCCGAGGCACCCUGCGCAGACGGCUCCAGCAGUAUGACCCAGCUGUGGAAGACUUCCUGAAGGCCCUGGAUAUGAUGACUGAGAGCCAGGACAACCUAGUGAAGCAGGCGCAGCGCCAGCUGCUGCUGACUUACAACGACUUUGCUGUGCACUGCUACCUCCAUGGUGCCUAUCAGGAGAGUGUGCUGCUGCUGAACAAGGCUAUCAGAGACGAGCAGAACGAGAAGAGCCUGUACAUCAACCGUGGGGAUUGCUUCUACCAGCUGGGCAACCUGGCCUUCGCGGAGGCUGACUACAAGCAAGCACUGGCUCUGAGCCCACUGGAUGAAGGAGCAAACUUGCGCAUGGGGGUGCUGCAGGAGAAGAUGGGCUUCUGCCAGCGGAAGCACAGGCAGUUCCAGACAGCAGAGGAGCACUUCUCGGAGGCUAUAAGGCACAACCCACAGAAGCCCCAGUACUACCUGCACCGGGCCAAGUGCCGACAGUUCCUGCAGAACAUAUUGGGGGCCCGCCAGGAUGUUGCUACUGUGCUGCUCCUGAACCCCAACUAUCCAAAGAUGGCUGCAAUGAUGAACACCCUUUUUCCUGGCAUGACUGUGGAGGGUGCCCUUAAGAGCCGAGUGGCCGAACUGGCUAGGCUCCAGCUAACCCGGAUGAUAGAAAACGGGCCAAGGAGAAACUACCCUCAAAGCAUUGUGUUGCAACGGUUAAUGGAACGCCAGAAAGCCCAAGCCAUGGUGAGGUCCUGGAAGAAGGAGCCUCCUGAGAUCCCCAAAGAAGAGGAAGUGACUAUUUUCCAGGCUCCGGAGGUGGCAAAGGGAAAAAAGGUGAGGAAGAUCCCUCGCAAGAGAACAUCCCUGACAGACAGCUACGUGGACCAGACCUCCUCAGGUUCUGUCUUCAGCAUUAUGAGCAUCAGCACAUCAGGGCCAGAGAUGUCAACCAGCCGGGAAUAUAUGAGCACUUCUCACACACCUAUAUCAUCCUCCGAGUCCAUACUACAAAAGCCUCAGACGCCUCAGUCCUCAGGACCCAAGACAAACCUGGAACUGACCUGGGGCCCCAAGGUCAUCGAGGUGGUUUCGGAGUUCCUAAACCAGAAGGUCACUGAGAUCACACCUGUCUAUGGCAAAAAGGGCUCCACCAAAAAGGCAGGGGCCACCCAUUACCCAAAACCAAAGACAGAGGCUCCCAAGGGUCCCAGGAAGAGCACCAGCAAGCAAGAAGCCCUUGAGCGCCCAAAGCCUACCAAGUCCAGGUCUUCCCUGAUCCUAAAGGAGAGAGUCAGAAGAGCUAAGGCUGUUCGAGCCCAGGGCUGGAAACCCAAGACCCGGAGCAGCAGCCAGAUACUAACGAAGAGUUCCAGCACAACCGUCCAUGACAGUGGUAGGAGCCUCAGUAGUGCCAGUGAGCCCCCGAGCCAGAGUCCAGAGGCCAGCAAGGAUGGUGAUGACUCCUCAAGCUUCACUGAGAGCACAUCAACACAUCUGAGCAGUGCCGAAAGCUUCACGGAACUGACUAACCUUUUAUCUCAGGAGCCUGAAGAAGACAGAGACUAGCUCACCUCCAGCCAUUAUACUGCUCCCUCAGAGCCAGUUGAAGCCCGUGCUGAGCAGUGAGCAGACGCAGCAAAGCUGCCUCCUCCCAGGACAGUGAGAAACCUUGGUCAAUGUUCCAAUACCAUGGCUAAGUUUAUUAUCUCUGCUCUCUUCUCAUACAAAAUUAAAAACUUUGAAAGCCA